CGCGGCAGCAACUGAGUGGCCCGUCACCGGUAACUCACAUGGAAUCGCGAGGCCUCGGGAUGCGCGCGCGCGCGGACUCCUAAAGCUGAGAGACUGUCCGGUUUGGCCGAUGUACAUAGCAGAGGGGCAUUGCUGGCACAUGAUGGCGUAUAUAACAUUGGUGGCUGUGCAGCCACUGCUUUACCAAGAGAGCUGAGAAGGGAAAAGGAACUGCUUUACCAGGAAAAGACAUUAACACACAAGGAUUACUGAUCUAGUGGAUGGCGGGGGAAGGAAGCAGUGAUGUGAUACAUCUUGAUUUUAGUAUGGCUUUUGGCACACUUCUGCAUAGAAUUCUCAUAAGCAAACUAGAGAAAUGUGGCUGAGAUAAAUUUACUAUGAGGUGGGUGCACAACUGGUUGAAAGACCACACAUGUGCCAGCAAUGCCCCUCUGCUAUGUACAUCAGCCAAACUGGACAGUCCCUAUGGAAAAGGAUAAAUAGACACAAAUCAGAUGCUAGGAACGGCAAUAUACAAAAACCUGUAGGAGAACACUUCAAUCUCCCUGGACACAUAAUAGCAGAUUUAAAGAUAGCCAUCCUGCAGCAAAAAAACUUCAGGACCAGAUUUCAAAGAAAAACUGCUGAGCUUCAAUUCAUCUGCAAAUUUGACACCAUCAGCUCAGGAUUAAACAAAGACUGUGAAUGGCUAGCCAACUACAAAAGCAGUUUCUUCUCCCUUGGUGUUCACAUCUCGACUGCUAGAAGAGGGCCUCAUCCUCCGUGAUUGAACUAACCUCGUUAUCUCUAGCCUGAUGCUUGCAUAUUUAUACCUGCCUCUGGAAAUUUCCACUACAUACAUCCGAUGAAGUGGGUUUUCACCCAUGAAAGCUCAUGCUCCAAUACAUUUGUUAGUCUAUAAGAUGCCACAGAACUCUUUGCUGCUUUAACAUGGCUACCCCUCUGAUACUCAAAGGCCUGGUCUACACUACGCAUUUAUACUGAUUUUAGCAGCGUUAAACCGAUUUAACGCUGCACCCGUCCACACAACGAGGCCCUUUAUAUCGAUAUAAAGGGCUCUUUAAACCGGUUUCUGUACUCCUCCACGACGAGAGGAGUAGCGCUGAAAUCGGUAUUACCAUAUCGGAUUAGGUUUAGUGUGGCCCCAAAUCGACGGUAUUGGCCUCUGGGCGGUAUCCCACAGUGCACCACUGUGAUCGCUCUGGACAGCCAUCCGAACUCGGAUGCACUGGCCAGGUAGACAGGAAAAGCCCUGCGAACUUUUGAAUUUCAUUUCCUGUUUGCCCAACGUAGAGAGCUCACCAGCACAGGUGACCACGCAGAGCUCAUCAGCACAGGUAACAAUGCAGUCUCCGGAGAAUCGAAAAAGAGCUCCAACAUGGACCGCCCAGGAGAUACUGGAUCUGAUCGCUAUAUGGGGAGAGGAUUCUGUGCUAACAGAACUCCGUUCCAAAAGACGAAAUGAAAAAACAUUUGAAAAGAUUUCCAAGGCCAUGACGGAGAAAAGCCACACCAGGGACUCAGUGCAGUGCAGAGUGAAAGUUAAGGAGCUCAGACAAGCCUACCAGAAAACCAAAACAGUAAAGGGAAGGUCCAGGGCAGGGCCGAAAACAUGCUGCUUCUACGUUGAGCUGCAUGCAAUUCUAGGGGCGUCCGCCACCACUACCCCACCCUUGUCCGUGGAUUCUGAGGUGGGGGUGGUAAUCUCAGCCAUGGCUGAGGAUUCUGCAAACGGGGAAGAUGAGGUUGAGCUUGCAGAGAGCACACAGCACUCUGUUCUCCCCAACAGCCAGGAGCUUUUUCUCACCCUGAUGGAAUUACCCUCCCAGCCCUCCCAAGCCACUAGCCCAGACAAUGAAGCCAUGGAAGCAACCUCUGCUGCAAAGUUUUCAAGCCUCCCUACUCCAUCCCGAAGGCUAUCUCAGAUAUGGUGGCGGAGAAAAAAGACGCGAGACGAAAUGUUCUCUGAAAUCAUGGAAGUGACCCGCAAUGAAAGAGCUCAUCUGAAUGAGUGGAAGGACGUGGUAUCAAAUUACAGGAAAGAUGCCUGUGACCGUGAGGACAGGAGGGACCAACGUGAGGAUAGGAGGGACACUCGAGAUGAGAGGUGGCGGUAGGAAGAUCAGUGGUGGCGGGAUGCAACACUGGGGCUGCUGCGUGAUCAAACUGACAUGCUGCAGCAUAUGGUGGAGCUUCAAGAACAGCAGCAGAGUCACAGAGUGCCACUGCAGCCCCUGUGUAACCACCUUCACCCCUCACCAUAUUCCAUACCUUCCUCACCCAGACGUGUAAGAACGCGUGGGGGAAGGCUUUGUGCACCCGCCCACUCCACCCCCAUGGACAGCCCAGCCAAAAGGCUGUCAUUACUUAGAAAUUUUUUUAGUGGCCUUUUCCUUCUCUCCUGUCCUCCUCCCAAACCACACCCGGGAUUCCUUGU